AUGGUAUAUAAGAAGAAUGACCCAAAAUGUUAAGGAAUGUGGUGAGUCUUAACGCUUAAGUCAAUUUUCACUCACGCGCUCCUCUCUCGUUUUCUUCUGCUAGGGUUUUAAGGGUUUUCUCCAAACGAAGAACACAAAAUUAAAAAAAAAAAAAUCUCAAUCGAUUGAAGCAUGGAUAGGUAUCAAAGGGUUGAGAAGCCCAAGCCCGAAUCUCCCAUCAAUGAAAAUGAAAUCCGAAUCACCACCCAAGGUGUUAUCAGAAACUAUAUCAGCUAUGCGACCACUCUUCUCCAGGAGAAACGAGUUGCUGAGAUUGUAUUGAAAGCAAUGGGUCAGGCAAUCAGUAAGACGGUGGCCAUUUCAGAGAUUAUAAAGAGUAGAAUUCCUAGGUUGCAUCAAGAUACUGCUAUCAGCUCAGUGAGCAUAACUGACGUAUGGGAACCUAUUGAAGAGGGUCUUGUGCCUGUGGAGAUGACUCGUCAUGUCUCGAUGAUUUCAAUUACUUUAUCAACUAAAGAGCUUGACAAAUCCUCUCCUGGUUACCAAGAGCCUUACCAAGGGGAUCAGUCUAAGCCACAGCCAAACUAUCAGCAGCAGUUGCAACAACCUAGGCAACCUCGUGUGCCAUAUAAUUCUGUAAAUGAAGAUUCGUAUAACCGAGGUUGGGGCCGUGGUAGAGGACGAGGGAGGGGUUGGAAUAGGGGUGGGUAUGGUGGAAACUAUCAGGUUGGGUAUGGUGGUGGAAACUAUCAAGGCGGUGGAUAUGGAAAUUAUGGAGGAGGUUAUGGAAACUACCAAGACAAUGGUGGAUAUUCAAAUCGGGGUAGAGGUGGUGGAAGAGGCAGAGGUCGAGGUUAUCGAGGUACAGGUACAUAUGAAAGGAGUACAGGUUCUGGAUUGGAAAGAGGCACAGGUUCUGGAUUUGAAAGAGGUACAGGUUCUGGAUACGAAAGGGGUACGGGUUCUGGAUAUGAAAGAGGUGCCGGAUAUGAUAGGGGUACAGGAUACGAAAGAAGUGGAGGAAGUUACGAAAAAGUUACAGGAUAUGAAGGAGGAAGAGGAGGCAGAGGCGGAGGUACAGGAUACGAACGAGGUGGAAAUGGAAAUUACGAAAAAGUUGCAGGAUAUGAAGGAGGAAGAGGUGGAGGUUACGAAAGAGGUACAGGAUAUGAAGGAGGAAGAGGUGGAGGUUACGAAAGAGGUACAGGAACAGGAUAUGAUAGAGGAAGGGGUGGAGGAGGAGGAGGAGGAGGGGGAAGAGGGUAUGGCCGUGGGCGAGGACGGAUGGGUGGCCGCUCAAGGGGGGGCGGUGUUGGGAUCCAGGGUUGACAGUAUGGUCUGUUAUUUUGCUUUUAGCUAAAUGGUUGCCUGUGGCCUGUGGGGGUUGAAUUUUAUGGGGUUUAACUGUUUUUAAUAGGCGUGAAAUGUGAGCUUUUGGAAAGCAGUUUCUAUUUUCUAGUUUCCCUCUUGCGUUUUUUAUAUGAAAUGUGGGGCAAAGGUUGUUUUUUAGUCAAGUGCAAAGUAGUUGGUUUUAAGCUGUUGAUUCAUUUCAUCUAUAUUCCCGCCAAUAUUUGUAUCUAGAUUUUUUUUUUCUUAAUAUCACAUAUCUUUAUUCCUUGAAAA